UAAUGAAGAAAUUAUGAGAAAUUCAGUCAAUCUUAUUUGGGAAGCAACCGGAGGUCAAGUUGUGACCAUCACUUUCAAUAGCCAAUUGUACUUGGCGACCAUUUCCCUAGAUAACGGCACCAACAUUACCAUAAAUUUAGAAGCACCCACUAGAGAUAACCAAGGCAUGGACAAAUUGAUUAAUGUUGUCUCUGAAAUGUUCAAACAGCAAGCUGGCGACAUUGAAAAUGCAAACAUACCUACUUCAAUUGUUACUCACUCAAAUCAACAUAAUCAUGAAUUCACUAACUCGGGUAAUGGUAAAAUUGCCAUAAAAAACUUAAUUUUAAAAACACAGCAAGAAAGUCUUAGCGACAGCGAUGAUGAUUCACCAGGAUGGUCAGAAUGUGAAGAAUGCUAUGGGCCUAAAAAAGAAUUUUGUAAAAUUUGUGGUUGUUCUAUAUGCAAGUGGAAAGGUGAUAGAGGACAUAUUCUCUUGUGUGAUGGAGAUUGUG